GUCUCGCCCGUCGCCCAUCUCGUCCCUCGCCCUCUCGCCCUCGCUAUCGCACGUCGUUCUCGGCCUCGCAGACGGCUCGGUCGUCGCCUUCAAGCGCGUCGUCGACCUCGUCGAGGCGUCGCUCGUCGACCUCGAGGACGCGGCCGCACGCGCGCGAGCGGCAAGCGCACCCGGCGCAGGGUCGUUCGUGCGCAAGAGCGCAGGGUAUACGGUCGGCGGCAUGGGCAAGCUGCGCGUCCUGUGGGAGGGCAAUAAGGAGCCCGUCACGAACCUGGGCAUCACGGCCGACGCGUCGGCGGCCGGUCCCUCGUCGUCGUCCGGCGCCGGCCAGACGCUCUUCGUCCUCACGACGUCGCAGAUCCUUGCCCUGUCGCUCGACAAGGCGUCAAAGAGCAAGCUGUCGGCCGGCGAGUCGUCGUCGGCGUCGUCGUCGCAGCCUGCCCUUCUCGACGAGCUCGGCGCCGCGGUCGGGUGCGCAAAGGUGCUGCGCCUCGGGCUCGGCAAGGGGGUCGGCGAGUUCGAGGGCGAGACGGCCGAGCGCAUGGUCGUCGCGAGGGACGAGGCGAUCUAUGUGUACGGCAAGGAGGGGCGAGAGGGCUGCUGGGCCUACGAGGGCCCCAAGUCGUACAUCGUCCCGCUCCACAGCGCCUCGGUCGCAUCGCCAUCCGCCUCCUCCUCGGCGACGUCGUCCCACCUCCUCCCGACGCCGUACCUCGCCAUCGUCUCGCCUCCCCAGUCGUCCUCGCUCUCGUCCAACUCGGCCACGAUCCGCGCUCAUGCCGCACGCUCGUCGCCUGCGCUCGGACCGGCGUCGAGCAGCAACGGCGGCGACGAGCACGUCGCCAAGGUGACCGUGUUCGACCCCGAGAACAAGUUCAUCGCGUUUUCGGGCACGUACUCGGGCGACGAGAGCGGUGGAGCGGGUGUGAGGAGCGUUGUCGAGGCGUGGGGCGCCGUCUGGGUCCUCACCGACGCGGGCAAGCUCUUCCGCCUCACCGAGCAACCGCUCGAGACGUCCUUCUCGACCCUGUUCCAGCGCAACCUGUACACGCUCGCCAUCAGCCUCGCGCACAGCCGAGGACUCGGCGGCGACGUGAUUGCCGAGAACUACCGGCGGUACGGCGACCACCUGUACGGCAAGGCCGACUACGAGGGCGCCAUGGCGGCGUACCUCAAGACGGUGGGCACGGUACAGGCGAGCUACGUCAUCCGCAAGUUCCUCGACGCACAGCGGCUGACGCACCUCACCUCGUACCUGCAAGAGCUGCACUCGCGCGGCCUCGCCAACACCGACAUCACGACCCUCCUCCUCAACUGCUACACCAAGCUCGCCGACGACGAGGCCCUGUCGCGCUUCAUCCACUCGUCGUCGUCGUCCUCGACUGCCUCCUCGUCGUCAAGCUCGCCCUCGCACUCGUCCGACGAGCCGCCGUUCGACCUCGACACGGCGAUCCGCGUCCUGCGCCAGGCGGGCUACUUUGCCCACGCGACGUGGCUCGCGCAGCGGUACCGCGCGCACGGCGCCUACCUGCGCAUCGCGAUCGAGGACUCGGGCGACUGCGCCGGUGCGCUGCGGUACGUGCGCGAGCUCGCGCGCGACGAGGGCGGCAGCGGCGGCGAGGGAGCGUCGGCGGCGAGGGACGAGGCGAGGGAGAGCUUGGCGAGGUGGGGCGGCGUGCUCCUCCAGCGCGAGCCCGAGUUGACGACCGAGGUGCUCGUCGAGGUGUGCUGCGGCGUCGAGAAGGCGCCGGCGCCGGCGCGCGAGGGCGAGGGCAAGCAGGGCAGCAAGGACUCGGUCUCGAAGGACCGCGUCGGCGCGCUCAAGCACGGCCGGGCGGCGAGCGGGUUGCCCACUCGUGGCGGGAGCGCGCCCGCAAAGGCGUUCGACGUCCCGGACUCGGCGUCGGUCGGCGGCGCCUCGUCGCUCGACGGCGCACCAGGUCCUUUCGCCCCGACCGCCGAGCCCGAGUCAACCUCCUCCUCCUCCCUUCCCUCGCCACGCUCCUUCUUCGCCCACUUUGUCGACCGCCCUCGCCACUUCAUCUCGUUCCUCGAGCAGGUCGUCGCUCGGCGGUACGGCAAGCCCGUCGACUCGCUCGUCGCGCCGUCGUCCCUCACCGGCGUCGACGCGCCGCUCCCCGCACCGCGCACGCUCGACGUCGACGUGCCGAGGGACGCCGCAGCACGAGACGAGCAGGUCGUGUGGAGCACGCUCCUCGAGCUGUACAUCUCGGCGGCGGCGGCGGCGGCGGGCGCGGCAGACGAGCGCGAGCGGGCGCGCCUGCAGGGCAUGGCGCUGCGGCUGUUGCGGUGCCAGGACCAGGUGCCGUACGACGAGACGCAGGCGCUCCUCGUGUGCACGACGCAAGGGUUCGAGGAGGGGUUCGUGCUCCUGUACGAGCUCCUCGGCAUGUACGAGGACAUCGUUCGCUACUGGAUCGACGCCGCCACGUCAUCGCCCUCGGCGCCCGACCACACGUCGCGCAUCGUCCGCGCCGUGCGUCGCUACGGCCCCUCGUGCCCGUCGCUGUACGCUCUCGUCCUGCGGCACCUCACGACGUCGUCGGACAUCCUGUCGCGGCACCAGGCCGACCUGCUCGACCUCCUCGACGAGAUCGACCGCGACAAGGUCAUGCCGCCGAUCAAGGUCGUGCAGCUCCUGAGCGCCAACGGCAACGCGAGCGUCGGGCUCGUGCGCGAGUACCUCAAGCGGCAGCUCCUCGCCGAGAAGCAGGAGUUUGACUCGGACCAAGCGCUCAUCAAGUCGUACCGCACCGAGACGCUCAAGAAGCGGCGCGAGAUUGCCGAGCUGUCGGACCCGACCACGCCGCGCAUCUUCCAGGUCACGCGCUGCUCGGCGUGCGGCGGCCAGCUCGACCUCCCGGGCGUCCACUUUAUGUGCCGCCACUCGUACCACCAGCGCUGUCUCGGCGAGAACGAGUCGCAGUGCCCGAACUGCGCCCGGACGCACGGCGUCGUGCGCGAGAUCCGCCGCAACAACGAGCAGCUCCGAGGCGGGCACGACGUCUUCCUCGACGAGGUGCGCGGCGCCGACGACCCGUUCGCGGCCGUUGCGGGCGCGUUCGCGAGAGGGUGGAUGGGCGAGCGGGGAGGAGGCGAGCCGUAGCUAGGAGAGGAUCGUGCACAGUCUUUGCGCUCUC